GUCUGACGCCAACAUCUGCGGUAAAAUCUUUGGUCUGUUUUUUUAGGUCAGUAGCUUACUUAACAAACCGUUUUGUUUCUUAGAUGUUUGCAUGGUCAGUGUGUUCUACUUUGUUCAGGAUUUUACAAUUCUGUUUGAGAGUUUUAGAAAGUGGGGUGUGUAGUUGUUUGUUCAUCACACCGCAACACGAGGAGUUUGUCGCUUUCAGAGCCAUUUUGAAUAUGAUGUCAAACGCUGCCGUCUUCUGUCUAUGUGUGUGUGUCACAAAUUGUGUGUUUUGUGUUGAGGAUGAAGUGAAGUCAGUGUCAGUGACUGAGGGAGGUUCUGUCUCUCUAAACACUGAUGUUCGAGUACAGAGAGAUCUUCAGAUACUGUGGACAUUUGGAUCUCAAAACACUCGAAUAGCUGAAAUCAUUAAAAGGGACCAAAUAAACUAUAUAUUUGUCAGUAAUGAUGGGAUAUUCAGAGACAGACUCCAGGUGGACAAUGAAACUGGAUCUCUGACCAUCAGAAACAUCAGAACUGAACACACUGGACUUUAUGAACUGACCGUCACCAGCAGUAGAAAAACACUGAAGAGAUUCAUUGUUACUGUCUAUGCUCCUCUACCCAUUCCUGUCAUUUCCAGUAACUCUUUAAAUUGUUCAUCAUCAUCAUCAUCAUCAUCAAGAUCAUCAGUGUCCAGAUGUUCACUGCUGUGUUCAGCUGUGAAUGUGAGUCAUGUGACUCUCUCCUGGUACAAAGGAAACAGUUUAUUGUCCAGCAUCAGUGUGUCUGAUCUCAGCAUCAGUCUCUCUCUACCUCUGGAGGUGGAAUAUCAGGAUAAAAACACCUACAGCUGUGUGAUCAACAAUCCCAUCAGAAACCAGACUCAACAUCUCACAGCCAAUGGACUCUGUCACACAUGUGAAGAACAGAGGCACCGUUUCUAUACUAUACCAGUGGUAGUUGGUGUGUUGUUAUUGCUGGCCAUAACUGCAGUUUGUGGAGGGAUCUGGUACUUCAAGAACCGUAGACAAGUACCACAAAGCGGCAAGUAUUACUGCAGUUGAAAUGAGUCUGUGUAUCACCAUUUCAGGUUUAUGUAUAAUUUUUACAGUUAAAAUGUGAUUAUUAUUAAAACAGUUGAAAGUGAAGAAAUACAUUAUGCUACAACAACAUUCUGUACACGUCAUUUACGCCACACGGUAAGAUACAGUACUUCUGUGUGCAUUUGUGUCUCGCUGCCUGCCUGUACGAAGCUCAGCACCAGUGCAUUGAUUUAUCAUUCACGAUCAUUCAGAAAUGAAAUCUCACUGCCUGUCUGUGCUUGCUUGUUUCUUAUCAUAGCCUAAGCAAAGAUUCUGCUCUAUGUUAAGAUGAAUUAUAGAUGAUGUUGGCUUUAAUGCUAGUGAUUCAUUUAAAGAUGUCAUCUGUAUCACAAGCAUGUGAACACCCCUAUAAGUAUACUUAACAGGGUUUGGCUGUUUCAUCUACACCUCUUACUAUGUUUUUCAAAUCUUUACAAAUCUGACUGGAUAGGAAUAGAUUAGUAGGACAAAUAACUCGGCAGCAACAGACUGAAAAAAACACCAGUUUUUCAGUUAACAGAAGGAAAAAAAACCUGUUCUACCUGUGAUUGCAAAUCACUCAAAGAAAAGAAAAGAAAAGAAGCCAUAUACUAUGGAAGCUUGUUUCCAUCACGGAAUAAAACUAUUUAAAAGAUAAUUGAGACUUUUUAUCUUACAAUUCUGACUUUUUUUAAUUGUGAGAUAUAAACUCAACUGCAAGUUAAAAAGUAAAAAUUGCAAGAUAUAAACUUGCAAUUCUGACUUUAUAACGUGCAAUUCUGACUACUUUUCUCAGAAUUGUGUGAGAUAAACUCACAAUUGCGAGAUAUAAAGUCUGAUUCAUAAAGGGGAAAAAGACUGACUUUUUUCUCAAAAUUGCGAGUUUAUAUCUCACAUAUCUGAGAAAAAAGUCACAAUUGCGAGAAAAAAGUAAGAAUUGUGAGAUAAAAAGUCGCAAAUACCUUUUUUAUUUUUUAUUCUGUGAUGGAAACAAGCUUCCAUCAUAUAUACUCUGAGGAAUAAAUGUUUUUAAAAAAAUGUUUAAAAAAAUAAUGUCAUUUACAUCAACAUGUUUUUGCAUUGUUGUAAAUUUCCCUGUAGGCUACUGCAGUGAUGUUACAUCAAACACCUGCUCUUUGUACUUGCCAAACAAUGACACAAAAUGGCCACAUGUAAAUAAAUUAACCAUUUUUAGUUUACUUGGCUGUUUAUAUUUAUGUCCAGAUAUGGAUGUUUUGUGAAGAUCAGACAGGACACAAUUACUCUAAUCACUAUUAUCGAAAAUAGAUAUAAUCUAUCAAGCUUCGUUGAUAUUGAUAUUCAGUGUUCAGUGGUUUUCCCGUGGAAUUGGACUACUUUUACACUAUUUCUGAGGGUUGUUUUUCAUGUCCACGGGUUGAAGUGACCACAAAUAACAUGUUAUUUAUGCGCAUUUUACCCUCUGGAACGCAAUUUUUACCGCCUGAAACGCGAUUGGGCUAGUUUUGAGUAGCAAUUGGGUGGGUUUUGUUGUGAACACCUGGCAACCCUGUUGAUAUUAUACGUAACUUAUAGAGAUGCUGUUUUACUCCUUUUGAUUGAGCAUCAAAAGCGAGACUUUGUUGCUGUUGUCUUUGCUGCUUAUACUGUAUCAUGUCUAAAAUCUUGUGAUUUGUGAGUUGUUGUUUUUUUGUAUCUUCGUAGUGUGCAUAUACUUGCAUGAUCACACAUCAUGAGUGUGCAGAUCUUGUCAUAUAUGUUCCAGAUUGACUAGAUGCAUGAAAACUUGGUUCAUUUUUCAUAGACAUCUCAGUUGUGAGAUGUUCUGCUACCAUUUUUUUUUUCUUUUGUCAUUUGUCAGUUUGGACGGAUGCGUGAACCAUCUCGUUCAGGGAUUUGGAUUCUGAUUUUAUAGGAAACAUCAUUGUUAGGCAUAAUGCCCCUCUCAGAACUUCCUCUCCAGUAUAAAAGGACCAUUCAUUGACACUGAGCCACAAAAACAGUCAUGUUUUGAACUUCUGCAAUGAUGACACACAAAAGAAUGUAGAUUCACAGACUCUGUAAUUAAGAGUGAGACUGGGUGAGAAUUAAAGGGAUAGAUGAACAUCUUUUUGGUUUUUAGAGUCAAGUUAUCAGUCGUCACUGUUCUUGAAAGAGAAAUUUCAGGCAAAACGGCAGUUUGGGAGCAGAACAUCUUACUUUCAACUUUGUUAACAGUUUAUGAUUGAUUUUCUGUCUGUAAUUUUACAGACAUUUUCUGAAAGUUUUACCUCUUUAUCCAGUUUUGCAUGUGUAGCUGUGGUAUCAAUGCUGUUCCUGAUUUUAUUUUUGUGUUUUCUUACAGAAAGGCAAUGAAGAAGAUGACAUAGUGUACUCAAGUGUUGUGAUGAGCUAAGGAGCAAAAUUACUUUUAAUAUUUUGUCAACAAUAAUUCAGGUUCACUGCAGUGUAAAGCAGUGUUUCUCAACUGGGGGCUCACGACCCAAAUAUUGCUCAGAGAGAAGCAAUGCUGCAUGCAAAUAUUAAAAUGGUACUAAUCUUACUGUAAUCAUGAAUACUGUAAGUGAAAUAGUUUGGGAGGACACGUUGUUUUGAAAAUGGAUGAAAGCAUUACUAUAACUUAACCCAUAGUAGAAUUUCUAGUAUUAUUACUUUGACUUUGGUAUUAAUAACCAUUUCUGAUGUAAAAUUUGGGUCUGGAAAUGAAACCAGUUGAGAACCACUGAAGCAGAAUGUAAAAAUGUAUUAUUUAAUUAUUUAUUUGCACACUGCCAUUUUGUCGUGUUAUUGUCAGUUAAUAUGUUCCUCAAUGAUCUGCGAAAGAGUGGAGUCAAAAACAGCUUCAUAAACCCACAAGAACUAUCUACAAAGCUUAAAAAACCUGUCUAGACCUGAAAUGAAUGCUUGAGCUUGUGCUACAGCUGCCUUAAAAACAAGCAACAGCGUUUCACAAUAUUUCAGCAUUAUUUCAUGGACAUUGUACUGAAUGGAAUUCACAAUCAACAAUUUUAUUUCACUUUUUAUUAUUAAAAGCUUUUGUUAUUAAAUCACUUUUCUUAUACUAUUUUCUCAAACCUAAAACAAUCUAGUCCCUGAUAGCUUUUAAUGUAACAAACCCCAAACUACACAAAAAAAUAAUAAUGAAUUGAAUUCUUCCAUCGAGUUAACAUUAAAACCAGCUUGCUUUAAUCUAACUAUCACUUCAGGAGUUACUGCAGUUUUCCUGCACAACAGGACAUGUUUCAACAGGUUUGGUUCUUCAAGGCGGGAAAACUGGAAUGCUGCCCUUCUCAAUAUGUAAUUUUAGUAGGUGGAGCUAGAAGGUCCAACCACACCCUAACCCUACCCAUAACUCUAUCCCUUCACCUAUUAGAUACACAGAGGUGGAGCUGGACUAGGUCAAGGUCAACCCAUGACAUCUAGAGAGGUGGAGCUGGAUGUGAGCACCACAUGUCCAAACGGUUUGUAUAUAAGGUCAACUUGAGGGUCUCUGCCUACUUGCAGCAUAGGCUUCCUUCCACUUGGAGGUCUCUGGGCUGCAGCGAUAUGUUCUUAGCAUUCUCUGGCAGGCACAUGCUUUUCAUGCUAGAGAACUGUACAGAAGCAUUAUAUUAGAGAGUACAUCUUGAGUAUAUUUCUACUCUGACAUUGACAUCACUAUUUCACAGAGAUGCAUUGUUGUAGCCACAGAAGAAAUGAACUACACACCAGUAACUGUCAAAGCAAAACCAAUCCAUCAUUUAGAACUCCAAACACCCUGCAGAAUAGUGAUUGCAGAAAGGGAGUCGACUGAAGAAAAUGCUUUGAAUUUUGAAGGUCUCGGAACACUGUGCUCUAGCGACACCUGCUGGUCAAAACUGUAAAUGCAAUGAGAACAGCCAUAACAAGGCCACUGUAAGGCAAUUAAAGCCUUUAGCCAAAAAGAUUAAUAAAUGCUGCUUAAACAUGGACUAAAAGAAUAUAAUAAGGCAAAGAGAAUGUGAUGGAGCAUAAGAAUCCACUUCCCUCAACUAUUAUAAGAUAUUUAAAUAUAAAUUAAACAAAAUAUAAAAAUCAUAAUAAAGCAUGAUAAUUUGAAUUAUAUCAUGAAGUAAGCUCUUAUACAAGAAUAAAACUCAUUAGAUAUUGUUGAUUUGGGAGAAACUCCCAUGUCUGAGUUGAUCUGAAUCUCACACUUGAAACCACCGAUCUUCACUGUAACAACUUCAGAUGAUGUUUUUGGUUUAGUUUAUUUGCACAAAUAUAAAAUAUAUACAAUAAAAACAAAAAGUACAAUCCAUAUACUGUGCAGGCAGAAAACCUGAAAGGGCUUAUUUAAAGCCUCCACCUAAACAACAAAAAGAAGAAAUUCGUCGUGAAAUUAAAGAAAAAACUAAAUUAAAAAUAUAUAAAUGUAUAUGACUGCAACAAGUUAAUUACAACUUAUAUCAAAAACCCAAAAACAAACCAUAUAGGGUGCAUAAAAUACACAAACAUCAAAAAACAAAAAAGCAUAACUACAAAGCAGCAAUAAAAUGAUUCUUUAUACAUCUUUUAUAACAUAUUAAAGAAGAACAUUUUUCUGCUAGAUGGGACAAACCAUUCCAUAAUUUAAUAUGGAAUUGACUAGUUAAGUGACAGUGAGUGAACCUGUGAAUUUACAUCUGAAAUUGCUCUGGAAUGUUACCUUCACCUGAUCUUAUAAAUGAAAACACAAAUUUGAGAAAUGUUAAUAUCAUAAAUGGUAAGAACCUGAAGUUUCUGAAAUAAAGUAGCAGAUGAAU